AUGCUUUCUCCUUUUUCAUUUAAUACGUCUCCACUCUCUCUUCUCUUUUUUCUUUCUAACCCCCUUACUCCUUUUUCAUUUAAUGUUAGCUUCCUCCUUUCUCAUUUAUUAUAUCCUCCUUUUCUCUUUGUCUCUCUCUUUAUUCUUUCUCCUUUUCAUUCUCUAUCUAACCAAUCUCCUUUUCAUUUUACCUCCCUCUUUUCUUCUAAAUCCAUACUUAUAAGUCUAGCUUUCUCUUUUCUAAUUUGCCAUGUAUUACCCCCCUCUCUCUCUCUCUCUCUUUAUACUCUUUUUCUUUCUAACUCCUUCACUCCUAUACCUGCUUCACUUUCUACUUUCUCAUUUACUAUACCCAUUUCUCUCUCCUCUCUCUCUCUCUCUCUCUCUCUCCCUCCCUCUCUCGUUAUUCCCUUUUAUCGAAGCACCAUUGCCAGCUUUCUCCUUUCUCAUAUAUUAUGUCCUCCUCUCUCUUUAUUCUCUAUCUAUCUAACCACCUCACUCCUUUACCAGUCUUUCUUCUCACUCAUUUGCUAUAUCUUUCCUUCUCUCUCUCUUUAUUCUCUUUUCUUUUCUAACUCCCUUACCCCUAUAUCUGCUUAUCUUUCUCCUGUCAUUUACGAUGUCCCUCUCUCUUUAUUCUCUAUCUAUCUAAACCCCUUACUCUUUUACCACUUUCUCCUCUCUCAUUUGCUAUCUCUCUCUCUCACUCUUUAUUCUCAUUCUAUUUAUAACCCCGUUACUCCUUUACCUGCUUACCUUUGUCCUCUCUUAUUUAUUAUGUUCCUCGCUAUCUUUUUCUCUCUUUCUAUUCACAUCUCAUUUACUAUGCUCCUGACCUCUCUCUUUUUCGUUCUAACCAACUCACUCUUUCUUUAUCAGCCUAGCUUUCUCCUCUCUCAUCUACUAUGUCUCUCUCUCUCUCUCUAUUCUCAAUUUCUUUCUAACCACCCCACUCUUUCUUUAUCACUCUAG